AUGCCGCCAUCUCCUCCAACAGUCACCUCCCCGCUCCGCAUCUUAGUUCUUGCCCCUGCAGACUCCCUACCCCUUCCGCUCUUCAAAGAUAUCGAAACAUACGAGAUCCAAACGCCCUACUAUAGCGCCUCUCUCCCAAUAUGGCAGGACACCCUGCCCCUCUCCUCCACCGCCCUGAGCAACUGGCGAAACGAGUGGUCCUCCCCCGAAGCCCAUGAAGUGGUGGACGCAAUAGGUGCCUGGAUUCUCUGCCUCCCUCAUCCCUCUGACCACCGAAGCCUUGACGAUCUCAAAGCUGCGAUGAGGACGGUGAAAGACGUUAUCGAUCUACAUAAUGGAGCUGAGCAGGACUAUGCGGAGAAUGAGCCCCUCUUACUUGCUGUGAUCAGGAGAGGAGGUAUGGUUUCUGGGAACGGUGGAGGGUUGGGGGCAGAAGAGUGGGAGGAUCUGUGCGGGGAGUUGGGGGGUUGGGAGUGGGUUGAUGGGGGGAAGAAUGACUUUGGGGAGAAAAUUGGGAUGGAGAGGGUGAAAGAAGCGCUGGAGAGCUGUGAAUGGGAGGGCGGUCAUGGUGGGGUGGAAGGAGAGGAGGACUUUGUUGAUGAGGUGGAGGAGAGGUUAGCAUUGGAAGGAGAAGCGGGGGAGCUGAAGGGGCUUAGGGAGAGUUUACUUGAGCAUGGGGCGGGGGAAAAGGGAGGAGAAGGUGUGGAGGAAGUGUCUGGCGGGGACGAAGAUGUGCAGGCGCUGGAGAGCAUGUUGUUGAAGAUGCAGGCUAUAAGGGAUAUGGGCGCCCAUAUGCCGGAAGCGGAGAGGAGAAAGUUCGCUGCGAAGGCUGUGAGGGACGUUAUGAGAACUGUUUGA